GCUGGAGCGUUUGCAAAUGAGAGCUAUCGUUUCGGUAAAACGCAAUCAACGUGCGACUGUGCGCAUGCGUUGAAUGUCCGCGACCUGAGACAUUUGGCUUGGAAACACUUCGGAAACGUUCUCUAACAUCGAGGUUUACAAAGAAGCCAGUGAUGUCGUGUUUCAGUGGAGAUCCCAACUUCUGUCCUGAGUGUGGGAACGUACUGCCUCUACCUGGGCUGCAGAACACAGUCUCCUGUCCCCGCUGUGCAUUCAGUUUACCUGUCAGCGAAUUUUCAGGUCAAGAGAUCAGGUCUUCUGUUGUCUUUAAUCCUCUCGAAGGGUCCUCUGUUGCUGUGGAAGAGGAGGACUCGGAACUCAAGGGGGCUGUGAUUGACAGACGCUGCUCUCGCUGCAAUAAAGAAGGGAUGGUUUAUCACACCAGACAAAUGAGAUCUGCAGAUGAAGGACAGACGGUCUUCUUCACCUGUAUACACUGCAGAUAUCAGGAGAAAGAGGACUCCUGAGAAGAGAUCCGAGAUGCUUCACCCAUUCCCCUGGACCUCCAUCAAUAUUCUCCUCCUCUCCUCUCUUUUGUCUGUAAACAAGAAUGUGUUUGAUCUAUGUAAUGCAAACUUGAGUUCUUAUUGGAGAAAGCACAAUUGGUAUGCUAUUCCUUGCUCUUCGUUACUUGUAAUGAUGCUUAGGAUAGUCGCUCCGGAGUGCUAAGCAUUUCAAUGGUUUGCCUUUACUGCAUCAGUUAGAUGGCAGCUGCAGCAUUUUGAAUGAGGGUUGAAUACUGAUGUUUGUCUGCGGAGAUUUUCAAGUGUGAUUUGUGUGAUUAAAAUAUUUUGUCCUUA